CCCUUCCUUUCAUCGCCUUCUGGGCCAUUUCUUUUAAAGGCAACCACUUCUUUCACUUUCCCUUGGCGGAGGGGGCGGGCAGCUGGGACCAGACGGUUUGCUAAGGGACAGAGCCACUUUCUGAGCGAUCCCCUCCCACCCCAAGGAAAUUCAGCAGGCCCCGCUGCUGCCUUUUCUCCACCCAGAAAUGCUUCUGGCAGCUCUUUUUUGCAACUUUCCCCCUCGCCCGUCUUUGGCAUAAAUCAGCCGAUUCCCAACCCCUUCUGCUGGGGCUGCUGCGGGCCGGUGCAAAGGAUUAUUUGCUUUUCUGUGGGUGUGUUAACACAGGCAUAGGAAGAAGAUCGGGCGCAGUCACCUGACGCCGCACAUCUUGCCCGUUUUUGUCGUAUAAUCUCUCUCCCACCCACUUCCUUCCCCGGUUCCCGCUCUCCGCUGGCCUCUCAGCCCCCACCAUGAACCCGCAGGUGGUUUCGGGAUGCAUUUGCCUGCUUUGCCUGUCCUGGGGGAGCACAGCGCAAGGGAAUCUGCAGCCGCUUUCAUUCCAGCCCGGGAUCCUGUAUCAGUACCGCUAUUCCCUGGACGUCCAGCUAGAUUAUGUGUCCAGGCUGUCCCUGCAGGGAAGCUGGCUGAAGGCUGAAGCUUUGGUUCAGGUGCACCGACUCUGGAGGGAUCAAGCAGGGGAAGAGCUUCUCCAGGUGCAGAUCCGAGACCUAAAAGCCCAACAUGCACCAGAGCAGAAGAGGAGUCAGGACAGCGCUGGAGACCCAUCCGCGGAGAUUGCACUGAGCGAGGAGACCCAAGCAGAGCUCCAGCAGCCGGUUUUCAUCUCCUGGAACAGCGGGAAGGUCAAAGCCUUCUACGGAAAUGAAGCAGAAAGUCCCCUGAUCUCAAAUCUGAAACGAGGCCUCAUCAGUCUGCUCCAGGUCCAGCCCCAUCCUGGCACAGCAGUGGAGGAGGAUGUUUCUGGGAGCUGUCAAGUCACGUAUGCCGUUUCCAACGACUCAGCCAUAAAGACAAAAGAUCUCCUUAGCUGCACGAAGCCGAAAUUUGGGUUUUCCUCCGUAAACAAGAUUUUUGGAGUCCAGUGGCAACCCACCAGCAAAAGUCUGUACUUGGUGAAGGACAACCUCAUCCAGUCAGUGCUCGCAGAGGAAAGCCACGUUGUGUCUCUGAGCCUGAGGUCCACCACUGGUGUCAAAAUCAACUCGAGGCAACAGCUUGAGCUCGUGUCUUCUUCCACGCCGGGUCCAGCAGAGGUGCCCGGACAAAACCUCGAGGACGCGCUGGCUGGCACGGAGGGAGAGCACCGGCCCCUGGGCAUGGCCUGCCUGCACUACCGGAGGGUCUGCACCCACUGCCCUUCGCUCAAAACCUAUCUGAAGACUUUUGACAGCCAGAAGGUCAAAAUGGACAUCGCCAAGGUGUCAACAACGUGGCAGUUCCAUAGGUUCAUCCACAUGCUGCACGGAGCAAAGAAGAAAGAUAUCCUGCAGCUGCUGAGGAAAGCUCCGAGGGAGAUGGUCCCCUUCUUCGUCGAGGCAGCAGUGGCCGCCCAGUCAGCGGCAUCCUUGGCAGCUCUCUCCAGCUUUCUGGAUUUCGGCAAGACCCCCAGGUCUCUGCUGGAGAAGUUUCUCUACGCGGCGGCCUUCUCCCCCCGGCCUUCAAAGGAGCUUCUCAGCCUGGUGUUAGACAAGCUCCGAGGGAAGCGGUUAGCACUGGAGGUCCGGGAGACAGGGAUAAUUGUCAUAGGCUCUCUCGUUAGCAAAUUGUGCCGGCAGAAGCUGUGCGGAUCACAGGAGGUGGAGCGCGGAGCAGAAACCAUCCUGCAGGGACUAGGGAACGCCAAGGAGGAGUCAGAGGUGGUUCUUCACCUGAUGGCCCUGAGGAACGCCUUGCUGCCCGAAAGCAUCCCUACCCUCCUGCGUUACACCGAGGAAGGCCCCGCUGCGGUCACGGCUGCAGCAGUCGCUGCCCUGCAGAGGUUCCCCACACAACACGUCUCCAGCGAGGUGAAGAGAGCAAUGAGGAGGAUUUUCCACGAGAAGAGGAAGAGCUAUGAAAAAACAUGCCGCCUGGCUGCUGCAGAAAUCCUCUUAGACCACGAGCCUUUGCCCAUGGAUGUCAUCAACAUCCUACUGGCCACCACGGAGAUGGAAACAGAACUGGCAACGCUUCUGCGGCUGAAGAUCCAGAACAGUUUGCGUGCUGAACACCACCCAGCAAGGGAGAUAGUGAAGGAAGUCAUGAGAGACCCACGGAUAAAUAACUACAACUACUUCUCGAAAGCUGGCGUCUCCUCUGCCUUCUCAGGACCCCUGACAGUCACCCAGGACCUGCUUUCCACCUUCGGGCUGGAGCUGCUGUUCACGGAGGGUGGAUUCCUGAGGAAGUGCCUCUCCGACUUCUCGCUGCUCGGCCGCGGCCAUCGGCUUCACCUGGCUCAGGUCGCUCUUGAAGCACGAGGGAUGGAGUCUAUGCUGGGAGAAAACACCCUGGAAGAAGAGGAGCUCAUGGCUGGGAUGUCUGCCACUUUCUUCGACGUUCAGUUUCGGCCAGUCGUGUUCUUCCAGGGAUAUGCAGACUUGAUGGCCAAGGUCCUCUCAAGCAGUGGAGGACCCACAAGGCUGGUCAGAGGGAAUCUCCUGCUGGUGGACCAUCACCAGGUCAUCCCGCUACAGUCUGGUCUACAAGUGGUGGUCAAACUCCAGGGUGGGCUUGGACUUGACAUCUCAGCCGACAUGGACGUGAGCGUAUGGGAGCAGGAACUGAAAAGCAGCAUCAGCACGAGGGGAAGUCUAGCCAUCGAUUUCCAGACAGAAGUGGACGCCCCUUUCUUCCAAGCCACCAUGAGAAGCCAGACUGAGGUGGAGACCUCGAUCCACUUUGACACGGUCCUGCGGUUUUCUGAGCGCCCUGUGCUGGUGUGUCUGCAGCUGAGAGAGGACCAGGUCCCAUACAGAGAGAUCUUCACUGUUUCCAAGUCCGCUGGGAGCCAAGUCAGCACUAGGCGAAAAGGCCGGCGGGGCACCGUGCCUGGGCGGGAGUUUGCCCUGCACAGAGCCAACUCCGAGGUGUGCAACCUCCUGCUGACGGCGGACGAAAAAUAGGGGAAUCGGCGCGCUUCAGGCCUGGGUUACAGCUCCCCUCCUGCCGCGCGUCCCCGCUCUUCAGCGUGAGCUGCCGAGGGCCCUGCUGCAUUCCUACACAGCCAUCUUUCACUGACAAUAGUAAAAAAAAAAACAAAAAAAAAAAAGGAAAAUGCUGAAACUAGGGCGUAAGAAGAGUCCAUGAGAGAAACCGCUACCAAACAGCAAGGAGCACCCCACUGCUCUGGGCCAGGGCUUGAGGAUCUAGGCCUGCCCCAAGACCCCAUAGGUUCGUCAGCCUGAACUCUUCCUCUUCACGGAGAAGGGCUGUCUGGAAGUCCAAAUGGUCUUGUUUAAAAGCAACAACAAAAAACCCUGCCUUUUGUAAAUGAAUGAGUUUCAGAGAGCCCAAGAGCGCGUUCUGCAAGCUGGUACCCCAAGCACUGCCUUAUUUCCUCCCCGCUUGUCAAAGCGGUCAGGAGGGAGCACAUCUGCAGCUGGCAGGGAAAGGUUCCCCAGGGAGAAGGUGAAUCCCCCCUCCUUUAAUGCAUGGUUUUGUGGCUGCCAGAGUCCGGGGAGGUGGAAAUUUUCAUUUCUGGAGGAGGUGCAGGUUUCUUGUUUUUGUGUUUUAAUGCAACCACAGAGACGUUCGCCCCAGAACAAUCCUCAGGGAGAGGGAUAGAGCAGCAAGACAAAAUGCUGCAUAACCUGUUGGCAAUUACAGUAUGUUCUUUCCAGCAUAAUUGAAGGUGUUUGCAUUUAUUUGCACAAGAAGGCAACUCAGCCCCCUCACAGCUUGUUGCCACCGUCUUAUUCCCGCGGGCGAUUUGCACUCUGUUGCCAGGGAUAUGGCAGAUGUCACGUCAGGCAGCAAGGAUGAGGCCGGGAGGGGAACAGCUCACGUUUCAGAGAGGUCAGAGUCACACUUGGUGCAAGGAGAAGCAGCAAGGCAGAGGAACGCGGCCCACAGCGCUCAGGAAAAGUUGGACAAAAAGGACUGAAAACGAAAGCAAGGUUAAAACGGAGCAGGGGAAAGUCUACCCUGUGGCAAGAGACCGUCCUUAAGAGCACGGAGCAGCAGUCUCGAUCCUCCUUUUAAAAAAAGCAAGAACUGUAGCGAAGAUGGGGCUAAAAGUGGGAAAAGAUGCUGAAGACCCACCAGCUGCUGCUGAAGGGUGGAAGGAGACAGUCUGGAGUGGGGACUGGCUGAAGGAAAAGGGAAGAGACACCGAUGCACCCAAGGCAUUAAACCAUCCCAUCACACCUCCGCAUACCUUCUCCUAAUGCUGAUCCUCGGAGACUGCUUCUGGCUCCUGUUCCGGUGCCUGCGCUUGCAUUUUUUCCCCCUACAUUUUGCCCCCCUAAGAAAGGCUAAGGAAGGGCUACAAGGACCAGCUGAGGUCAUGAAAAACACCAUGCAAUGAAAAACUGCAAGAGCACAAACAUUUUAGUUUGCAAGGACUGGACUUAAAAGGUGUCUUGAUUAUUGGGACUCUCAGCAUGGGGUGAAGACACUGGAAGUAGAGAAAUCACUAUUGUAACAGAGGUAGCACACAGAGCUGGAUCUGAACUCAGCAGCGCUCAGUCGGGAAACAACACUAUUUCAAACCGUGGGCCCAGGCUGCCAAGACGUUUGGAAAACUCUGCAUCCCUUGGGUAUUUUUUUCUGAGUUGUUGUUAGCUCAGUCCACAUCACCAGGGCCAAAUGCAGGUAUCAGUUGCUGUGGGGGGCAAAACAUCGUGCUGGACUGAAGUGAUCCUUUCUGGAUUUAAGAAUCUGUCAAGGCAAGUUUGGCCAAGGUAGUACAAGGCCGUUACUUCAGGUAAUCAUCCUUCAGCGCGGACAUUAGUCAACCAAAACUGGAAAAGCUAAAGUGAGGGGCUCACACCUCCACCCCCUCCCUUUUUGCUCUUCACAGAAGCCAGUAAAUCUUAGUAGACAUAUAUAUUUUGCUUAUGCGUACAGAUUUAAAAUUCAUAUACUGAGGGACGGCUUCUGCCUAGAGGCUCCUCUUCUUUUUGAUCCAAAGUUUACAUAUUAAAGGAGAAGCCUCUGGUCUCUCUUAUCGCCUGAACAGCAGUUCCCCUUCUCUUUCAAAGGAGGCAGCGGUUGCAGAUAAGAUCGCCUCAACCCUGCGUGCAGAAGGCAGCGUUCCACCAACAAAGAGAUACAGCAGCUCCCCGUUCCUGCUUGUAUUUGGGCACUUUUGGUGACAACUUAUGAAAAUUACAAUUAACUCCAAGUAAAUAUUGUUCUGCUGUUUUGAAUUCUCCUCUCAAAUCGGACUUUUAUCGGCCACAAAAGCCGAACGUCCCUUCAGCACCGGAGGGAGGCUUGCAAGGAAAAGCUGUAUUUUUUCAUCCCUUUCUGAUAACAGUGCCUUUGAAAUAUUUCUAUUUUUUUUGUAUUAGAAAACAUGCUUUUUAUAAAUAUUGUCAAAAUUGUGAACAUGAUGCAAAUGCAGCACAGGGUCUCCUGAUUUUUGGAGAGGAAACUUGGUUGCUUUUUCAUCUGGAGACGCUAAUUCUGAGUGUUUUGAUUACGUGCAGAAAUAAAUGAGAUGUAUUUUUA